CUGGUGCAGAAACGGAGUGAACGGCGAUUGAACGACACACGUUCGGAGAGAGAGAGAGAAGCACCACUGCCUCUCCUCCACUCGAAUAGCCUACAUAUCUUGAGGCCUGGUUCCUAGUGCUCUCUGGACAGAAAACGCAUUACACCGCGGCAUUUUUUUUUACAUAGAAUAACUAGGCUACUAUACGGAUACAUCCAAUAUAAAUUCACUUGAAGACGGAUUUAUUUUGGGCGCACAACCCCCGCGAAUAAACGGAAGAUGGCAGUGACUACCUGUACACGUUUUACGGACGAUUUCCAACUAUAUGAAGAACUCGGAAAGGGAGCGUUUUCAGUGGUGCGCCGCUGUGUCAAACUUUGUACCGGCCAGGAAUAUGCUGCCAAAAUCAUCAAUACCAAAAAGCUCUCAGCCAGAGAUCACCAGAAGCUGGAGAGGGAAGCCAGGAUCUGCAGAUUGCUCAAACACUCCAAUAUCGUUCGUCUCCAUGACAGCAUAUCAGAGGAGGGCUUCCACUACCUUCUGUUUGACUUGGUGACAGGUGGAGAGCUGUUUGAGGACAUUGUGGCCAGAGAGUACUACAGUGAAGCAGAUGCCAGUCACUGUAUCCAGCAGAUCCUGGAGGCUGUGUUACACUGUCACCAGUCGGGCGUGGUACACAGAGAUCUCAAGCCAGAGAACCUCCUGCUGGCCAGUAAGUGUAAGAAUGCUGCAGUGAAGCUGGCUGACUUUGGAUUGGCCAUCGAGGUGCAGGGAGACCAACAGGCAUGGUUCGGUUUUGCAGGUACCCCAGGCUACCUAUCUCCAGAGGUACUGAGGAAGGAGGCUUAUGGUAAACCUGUAGACAUCUGGGCUUGUGGUGUGAUCUUGUACAUCCUGCUAGUGGGGUAUCCUCCAUUUUGGGAUGAGGACCAACACAAACUCUAUCAGCAAAUUAAAGCAGGAGCUUAUGACUUUCCGUCUCCAGAAUGGGACUCAGUGACUCCAGAAGCCAAGAACCUGAUUAACCAGAUGUUGACCAUUAACCCUGCCAAGAGGAUCACUGCCCAGGAGUCCCUCAAACACCCAUGGGUCUCCCAACGCUCCACUGUGGCGUCCAUGAUGCACAGACAGGAGACAGUGGAGUGCCUGAAGAAGUUCAACGCCCGGAGGAAACUCAAGGGAGCCGUCCUAACUGCUAUGCUGGUGACGAGGAAUUUCUCUGGUAAAUUCGGUAGACAGUCUACAUCUCCUGCGUCAAUCACUACUGUUCCUGCAACUGCUGCUGGGAUAGUGGAGCAAGCCAAGAGUCUCCUCAACAAGAAGGCUGACGUCAAGCCUAACAGCACGAGAAACAGCACAGUCACCAGCCCCAAGGGAACCCCCUCUGCUGCACUGGAGCCUCAGACCACUGUUAUCCAUGUGGAUAGGAACAAGGAUUCAUCUGACAGCAACACCACUAUUGAGGAUGAGGAUGUGAAACUGCGAAAACAGGAGAUUAUCAAGAUCACUGAGCAGCUGAUUGAAGCUGUCAACAAUGGAGACUUUGAGGCCUAUGCGAAGAUCUGUGACCCAUGUCUGACGUCAUUUGAGCCAGAGGCCCUGGGGAACCUAGUGGAGGGCAUGGACUUCCACCGGUUCUACUUCGACAACCUCCUGUCUAAGAACAGUAAGCCCAUCCAUACCACAAUCCUCAACCCUCACGUCCACCUGAUUGGUGAAGACGCCGCCUGCAUCGCCUACAUACGCCUCACGCAAUUCGUCGACGGCACUGGCCGCCCAUGCUCCAGCCAAUCAGAGGAGACGAGGGUGUGGCAUCGCCGAGAGAGCAAGUGGCAGAAUGUUCACUUCCACUGCUCUGGAGCACCGGCCGCUCCGCUGCAGCAGUGAACUGGUACACACACUCACUGUUAUUAACACACACACUCAUUCAUUCACACGCACACCCACAGCUACACACACACCCACAGCUACACACACACACACACACUUCAGAGCUUGACAGUUAUUGCUUCCAGAGUUGCUGUUAAACCUAGAAUGUUUUUUUUUGUCUUCCAGGAGGAGUGAGUGAGUGAGAGAGAGAGAGAGAGAGAGAAGGAGGAUGGAGAGAGAGAGAGAGAGAGACAGGAAAGGAGGAUGGAGAGAGAGAGAGGAGAGGGAGAGAGAGAGUGAGAGGAGAGGAGGAUGGAGAGAGGAAAGGAGGAUGGAGAGAGAGAGGGAUGGGAGAGGGAUGGAGAGAGAGAGGGAUAGAGAGAGAGAAAAUGAGGAUGGAGAGAGAGAGACAGGAAUGGAGGAUGAAGAGAGAGAGGAGAGGAGGAUGGAGAGAGAGAGAGAGAGAGUUGGAGAGUGAGAGAGAGGAAAGGAGGAUGGGGAGUGAGAGGGAGAGGGAUGGAGAGAGAGGGAGGGGGAUGGAGAGGGAGAGAGAGAGGAGAGGAGGAUGGAGAGGGAGAGGGAGAGAGAGAGAGAGGAGAGGAGGAUGGAGAGAGGAAAAGAGGAUGGAGAGAGAGAGAUGGAGAGUGAGAGU